CGGGACUUAUUCUUUCCGCAAAGGUUUUUCCCAAAUCCGUACCAGAAUCAAGGUGGGAAGAUGGUAGAAAUCCCAGUCAAUCACGAGAUGUCUUCUGCUUACACUCCUCAAGCUGGUUACAGUUCUGCUCAACCUCGACAGAUUCCUGUCCACACAGUGCCAACCCCGUCAGCACAUUACCAAUACCGACAGCAAGCGCCACCACCGCAACCACCACAGCAGGGCGGCCACCAGUACCCUGGUGCUUCUGAGGCCCGAGAGAUCCCAAUUCAACACGUUGGCAGCAAUUCACAACCGGCAGAGCCACCUCGGCAACAUUACACAACACACUUCCAGCAUACACCAGCAUUCAACUACCCUCACUUUCAGGGUCAGCCACACCCUACAAAUACUAUGCCCCACCGUCAACCGCAGCCGCCAGCAUCACCACAGCAACAACAGCAGCCACCACCAACACAUCCUCAGCAGCAGCAGCAACACCCACAUCCUCAGCAUCAAUUUAAUUAUCAACCUGGACAGCAACCAGCCAGUUUCCAAGGGUCAUGGACCAGUAGUCCGUCUCAUCAAGCUGGAGGUCAAAACGCUGGGGAACGUGUCAUACCAAUUGUUCGCCACACUGACAGCCCUGGCGCUGGAAGUCCGCAAACAGGGAGGAAACCGCCGACUCAGCAACCACCCACCCAAGGAGUCUACAUGCAGGGUCCUCAGACAUACGCCCAGCCCCAUCAUGAAGCAGGAAAGGAGCCUGCAGCUAAAGAAGGGUCGCCAAAGGAACACGAACUUGAAAAACCUCUUUCUCCUCUCGAGACAGUUGAAAAAAUUGUUGAAGAUGCUAAAGAGCUGGGACUCCAGGUGAACAUGUUCAAAGGUAGCAAAAAGGACAAAAACUACAAAUACCUGGAGGAGAUGUUGACCAGAAUGCUCUUGAAGCUGGACAACAUCCAGGCCGGCUCCGACGACAGCAUCCGUCAGGCUCGGAAGCACGCCGUCAACACAAUCACUCAAACUUUGGACUUGCUCGAGCUGAAGGGGAUGAGCGGAGAGGACAACAAGGAGAGCGAGAUGCGGAGAGACGCGGACAGAACCGAAAGCGCUGCCCCUCCCACAGACGGUAACGUUCCGGAAAAGUCUGGCUCCAGUGAGAAGAAGGAACCUGGUUGCGUCCGAGAGAUGAUGCUAGAUAGUGAAGUUGCUUGCUAACUACUGUUGUACAUGUUGUCGGCAGCACUAUAGCAUGGCAUGUAUUCCUUGUUAAAUUCUUACUUUGUGAUAUUUAAAUAUUUAAAAGGACAUUAUUAUUAUUAUUAUUAUUAUUAUUAUUAUUAUUAUUAUUAAUUCUUUAGGCGGCGAGCUGGCUGAAACAUUUACCAUGCCACACAAAAUGCUUGGCAGUACUUCUUUCUCCGGGCUUUUUGGUCUGAGUUCAAAUACUGCCAAGGUUGACUUACCCUGUCGUCCUCUCAGGGGUGGGGGUCUAAUGAAAUAAGUACCAGUCAAACACCGGGGUCAAUGAUAUUGAUUUACCCUUUCCCCCC